AUGCAAUUGCUAAAACGAGUUAUGAAAAACUAUUCAGGUAAGUACUAGUUCCAGAAUAUAAGAUCUUUCAUUUACAUGAAUUUUAUUUAAAGAAAUAUACAACUUUUAAGCUACGAUUCAAAACAGGUCAAAAUUAAUUUUUUUUAAUACUAUUUUCAACACAUGUGCAAAGAGAGAACUUGCAAAACUUACUCUGAACCUUUUUUGAAGCAAAAGAAAAAAAAAAUUAAAAAACCCUCGUUUGAAAAUAAAAAAUUGCCGCGAUUGUGUGAGCGCAGUAUCACGCGGAGUCUCGUUGUUUUACUUUUAUUUAUUUUUGGUUUGUCGAAAGCAAUAAACCUAAGGAAACCGAAUAAAAAUUGGAAAAAUCUAGCAAAUUUAUUGAAAUAAAUGUUACGUUGUCCAAGUUAAUCGAACUUGGAUUUCGCUGGUUGACAAGGAUUCAAGUGGAUAAAACCACUCUUUACAAACAAGAAAUAAGACAAGAGUUUGAAUUACAAUCGAUUUAUUGAUCGCAAUUCAUUUUAUAACAAGAUGGGGACGGUUUAAGACCGUCCCGAGAUGAAACAAACUAUAAAAACCUACAAAACAAGGAAAAACACCAAACUCUCUUCGAAAACUUGAAAAAGAAAGUAAAAACCGAAGAGGCGCACCACAAACGCGUCAGUGCUUUGACGUUGGCGCGUUUUGUGUGCACUCGCGGCUAUUUGAAAAAGGAUUUUAUUCACACGACUGUGACUUAAACACGUAAUUUAACAUUUAGGUGAACAUUUGAGCACAGAAGUGUUUGAAUAGGCUUUGAAACUUCAAAAAUUGGCGAAAUCUUGAAAAUCGCAGAAUUCGAAGAUUAUUUUGGCGAAUCAUCACUUCGUUGAGCCUCCACAUUCAUCAAUACCGAAUAUUGACAUUGUUUUCUAAAAUUAGCAACAAUUGAAUCACUUUCAGAUUCAUUUUUCAAUAAAAUUUUGAAUUUCGAUGGGUUCACAGCCAAAAUCGUUACUCAGAGAUUCGCUGGCCAUAAAUUUUUCAUGAUAAAUUUUUCGAAAAAAAAAAUACGUUUCAAAAUUUUGAUAAAAUUUAUUAUCAAAUUUUUUAGUAACCAAAAAUUCUCAAAAUUUGGAUGAAAAUUCUGAAAUUAUCGAUUUUGGAAUAAAAAUACAUGGAAUUUGUAAGCCCCUCUUUGGUUCGAUUGUGACGUAUGCUAAAGUGUUAAAUUUCUAUGAAGAUUUGGAGAAAAAAAUAGUAAUUAUUCUUUCAGAUUUCCAACGAAAAAUCACUGCGACAACAAUUAUCUGUUUUUCGCGAUGACAUCGAGCAGAAAAAUAGUGAAUUGGAUCGUUGGAAAAAGAGAACCUGUGAAUUACAAGCACUCACGGAUGAAUUGAAUGAGAAUGUUUCCGACUUCGAACAAAAGAUGAAUAGGUUGAAAGCUGAAUUUGAGAGAAAUGGAACAGUUAAAAGCGCCAACAGUUUUCUGGCUUUAGAAAUAAGAAAAAAUCAAAAUCAGCCGGAAACGGAAGAAAACGUCUCAAAACUCAACUCUCAAGUAUCUUCGUAUAUGAAAAUCAUAAAAACAAUCGAAGAUUACAAAGAAGUUUGAAUGUUGUUACUAUGGAAAGAGAUGAUUUGAAAAGGAAAGUGGAGCGAUUGAAUGGAUUGAAUGCUAUAUAA